GAGGAUCCUCACGUCCCUCAGUGUUAUUAGUGUACCUCCUUUUAAAAAUAAGUUAUUGUACAUUUUAGAACAUGUCAGCAGGGGACGCACUGGCCCCAGGGGCGGGUACCGGAGGCGGAGAGGGCGGCGAGAUCACGGGGGGUCCUCGGACGCCCCAGCAAAUUGCCGCCCAGAAACGGCUGCAGCAGACGCAGGCCCAAGUCGACGAAGUCGUCGAUAUUAUGAAGACGAACGUUGAGAAGGUGCUGGAGAGAGACUCAAAGUUAUCGGAGCUGGACGAUAGAGCGGAUGCCUUGCAGCAAGGUGCGUCGCAGUUUGAACAACAGGCGGGAAAACUCAAGAGAAAGUUCUGGUUACAAAAUUUAAAGAUGAUGAUAAUAAUGGGAGUUAUCGGCCUUGUAAUUCUAAUCAUCAUUGUUAUGAAGUUCAUGCCUGCUGAGACGGCGCCAAGCGGAGGCACGAACGCUGUAGCGACCGGGCAAGCCGCGGGCGCAAUCACCGGAGGCCAAGCAGCGCAGCCAGUCCAACCGGAAAAACCAGCAGCGCCAUAAUCCGCUGCAUAGGAGAGGAGGAAGAGGGGGGCGGUGGGGGGACCUGGGAUACGAACGCUUUUGUAGUUUUAUUAUUUCCACGAACGGCAAGUUCUGAAUACCUCGAGUUUUUCCACUUUCAGGCCUGUCAACUUUACAAACACAAUUAUUCUUAAAUGUACAUUGUUUUCUAGCUCUUGGUACAUUAAAAAACGAUUUAUUUUGUACCCCACAAGUGUGUAUAUGUACAACUAAAUAUUUAGGACGAUAAAGUUAUCCCUUCUGUCGACUGUGAUGCCCCUGUGGGCAAUAGCACAUUGGGAAUAACUUUUUUUCGUUCUAUAUAUGAAUGAUUGUUAUAAUUUUACGAUUAAAUCAAAAUAAUAACGUGUUAUUCUUCCAAAUUAUUGAGAUUUGCAUGGAGGUAUCGUACUGACGCUGAAGGCGCCAUCUAUUAACCGUCAGGAAAACUAGAACCUAAUGGACAAAAACGAUAGAUGGCGCUGACGCUCUUUCAAUUUUAUGCUAAGUUUCAUUGAUUUUUCGGGAGCUAUCUCGCUAAUACUAUUACAUCUUGCCCUUAUGGAGAGAACGAAAAACAGCUUAAUCGUAACGAUUGGUCCUGGCGAUCCCCCUUGUUAAAAUAACGAAAAAUCUUGUGCAUUAUGAAAUUUCUAUCGUUCUGUUAAGCGUAAGGCAUUUUUUUACGUAACACCUUGUAGAGUGCGUGUUUAUUGUGAAAUGUAAAUCUUACAUCGCAUCAGUUAUGUGUUUAUAAUUCUAAAGAAAUUAGUAAGUUAGCGGAAUUUUUUGUAUAACCACAAUCAACAUUAAAUCUCAAUCGUAAUUAUACUAAAAUAGUGAAGUAUGUUUGUAAUACCCUGUAUAAUUAUCGCAGAAUUCCGUAAAACUUUUUCGUUGGCACAUAUUCACGUCUCUAGAACUAAUACUUUUGUUUGGUACUGGUGAAAUGAUUAUACAGGGUGGCCAAAGGAAAUGUAUAUCUUCAGGCUUAGUGUACAGUAAACAGCUUUUACUUGAUUUUGUAGUUUAACUAUGAAAAUGUUCGAUAUGGGGAUCAGUAUUUGUACAGGGUGACACAUAAGUUUCUUUACAAUGACUGGGAGAAAACAAAAAAAAUCGGCAAAAAAAAUUACGACGUUCAGAGAAACGUGUAUCGCCCUGUACCAUCUAGUUCUUUUGCAGGAUUUUUCAACACUUUACACACAUAUAAAAGCAUAUUUUUAUGUACAUAUUUUUUUUAACUUAUGUUGUUCACAAGGUACAUAUGUAUAGGUAGGUAUUGGACUUAUAGUAAAUUCAUUCUUAAAGGCAAAUGUUUUAGGUAAUCAAUUAUUCUUAUUGUAAAUAUUAUUAUUGAUUUUUAGGAUAUUUAAAGUGUUGGUGUCGACUGGGGUAUUAGUCCAAUUAAUCUGUCACGGAUUAUUUGUUAAAUUUACAAAAAAUACCACCUGGAAACGAAAAAUAUGGUGAUAUAGGAAAAAAAUUCUAAGAAAGAUAGUGUUUCUUUCUUAUGGCGCAUAAACAGCGAAGUUAACUUAAAAAAUUCAUAAAAGUAAAAAAACGGUUUUUCGCUAAUCAAAGAAAAGUUCGUAUUUUU